AUUCUUUUUUUGAUGUUCUAAUACUGCGUCCCUCAACUUAUCAAAAAGACAUCGCCAACGAAAUCAGCAGCGUUCCUCGCCAACGUUGCCCAAGAUGUCGCGCAAUUCGAUGGACGAAUAUUUGGAGAGGAUGCGGGCGAUGAUGCGCCAGAACCGAGGUGGAUUCAGUGGUCCUGGUGGCCCGGUUCGUCCCCCUCCAGGAAGUGGCAUAGCUCUAGCAGCUAUUGGUCUGCUUGGUGGCGGAUUUUUCGUCUUGCAAAACUCUCUCUUCAACGUCGAUGGUGGUCACAGGGCUAUCAAAUACCGAAGAAUAAGUGGUGUUAGCAAGGAGAUCUACACUGAAGGAACUCACCUUAUGAUCCCCUGGUUCGAAACACCAAUUACUUUCAACGUGCGCGCGAAGCCGAGAAACGUCUCUUCCCUUACCGGUACCAAGGACUUGCAGAUGGUCAACAUCACUUGCCGUGUGCUCUCACGACCUAACAUCGCUGCUCUUCCGCAAAUCUACAGAACACUAGGACAAGACUAUGAUGAGCGAGUUUUGCCGUCUAUUGUCAAUGAGGUUCUCAAGAGUGUGGUUGCGCAAUUCAAUGCUAGUCAGUUGAUCACUCAGCGAGAGAAUGUUGCUAGGCUAGUUCGAGACAAUCUAUCGAGGCGAGCUGAGAGAUUCAAUAUCUUGUUGGAUGAUGUUUCCCUUACGCAUCUCGCUUUCUCGCCAGAGUUUACAGCUGCUGUUGAAGCAAAACAAGUAGCACAACAGGAGGCCCAGCGAGCAGCCUUCGUAGUAGACAAGGCAAGACAAGAGAAGCAAGCUAUGGUUGUCAAAGCACAGGGUGAGGCCCGAUCAGCUGAACUUAUCGGAGACGCGAUCAAGAAGAGCAAGGCGUAUGUGGAAUUGAAGAAGAUCGAGAACGCUAGGGCGAUUGCGACUCAGCUACAGGAAUCAGGUGGCAGAAACAGACUGCUGCUUGAUACUGAAGGGUUGGGAUUGAACGUGUUUAAUGAUGACUCCAAAAAGCAAUGAGGAUAAGGCGUUAGGGGAAUCACAAAAUCUCCACUGUAUGUAAAGGAUUAACCAUUGUAAAAUACGAAUGCCUACGACUGCCUUGAUGCUACGGCUGGUUUGAAGUAUUCUCGGGGUAUUCGAAGGGUGCCUUGCAAGCUUGUGAUCCCCAGGCGAGAGCGCUGAAUGAGGAUAGACGAGAGGAUCUCCUUUGAGAGUUAGGUAUACCCAAUUCAUCACUUCAAGUAUAGCCUUAUGAUUGCUAUUGCAGAGGCCAUCCCAUUAUAUUCCUCGCAAACUUCUCAAGUGCUGCUUCUUCAAGCCUCUUCGGCUCAGUUGAGCUCAUCGUCGCUGUACGACGCGCUCCUACAGGAGAUCCUCUAAGCUUGGCCAAUAAACCCAAAAUUUCGUUCAUUUCUUCUUGUCCUUCAAACAUUCUGUUGCA